AUGAAGCAAUCGAUAAAGGCUGCAAAAGUUGCUUAUCAAGGAAUAAAGGAGUUAGUUAAAUUUGGAAAGUUUGCUGAGAUUGAAGACACUCCUCUUGUUAGUUCAAUAAAUGCUAAGGUAGCCGAUGAACAUGUGGCGCCCAAAUCAAAGUUUCAAUUUUCCUUUGAAGAGAUUGAAUUAUCUAAUGAUGAAGAAGAUCAAGAGGAUAAAGAAAAUGAAUUGUCAGAAAAUGAGUUUGAGGAUUUUAUUCAACAAAGCAUCCCAAUCACAGAGAAGGAUGCAGUUGUCACACCUCCGGUUGUGACUGAAAGGGAAAGUAGGACUUCGAUGCAAUCUUCCAUUCCGACCCCUAAACAGCUGGAUGCACUUAUACUAGAACUUCAGCAAACUGUAGCCUCCCCAAACAGUUCCUGUCGAUACUGA